AUGCAUCCGCAUCCGCAUCUGCACGGUCAAGGUGAUAGCCUCGGACUCGGACGCGCACCCGAGUUGAAGUUUAACAUCACGGACGGUCGGAAUGGAGCGAAGACGGGGGCGGGGGCUGGAGCGGGGGCGGGGGAAGGCGCAGGCGCAGGCGCAGGCGGAUGCGGUGGAGGUGUAGGUGCAGCUAUAGCUAUACAAUCGACAUCGACACAGUCGACACAGUCGCAGGAUCCGGAAUCGAUAGCGAGCGCGAGCGCGAACACCAGCGCGAGGACGGGUACGAGGGGUGUCAUCGCACAAAGCCCCGGCUCCGGCCCUGGCAUCGUACAAAGCGCAGGCGCAGGCGCGCAGGGCACGCGUGUGGCACCUGCGCCCGCGCCCGCGCCAGGACCAGGACCCGCGCGCGUACACCGCGCGCGCCCGCGCACCCGCGCCGGCACUCGCAUUCAGCCUAACACUACCUCCAACACCUCCAAAAUCCCAAAUUCAAAUACCUCAAAUACCCCAAAUCCAGAUAACAUAAAUCCAGAUACCUCCAAUAGUCCAAAUACCUCGAAUACCUCCAACACCUCCAACAUCCCAAAUUCAAAUACCCCAAAUUCAGAUAACCAGACAAAGCGCAAGCAAACCCAAACCCAAACCCAAACGAAACGCAAACCGACCUUCACACGCGAAGUCACCCAACACCUGCGCGCGUGGGUGAUCGCGCACGCGGACUACCCGUACCCGAGCGAGCGGGAGAAAAGGGAAUUGGGCGCGCAGACGGGGCUUUCGGGCGUGCAGGUGUCGAAUUGGCUGGUUAAUGCUAGACGCCGGAUGCCGAUUGUGCAGAGGCAGAGGCAGAAGUCGGGUUCGGGUUCGAGUGCGCCGAACAUUAGCACUAGCACUGGCGUUGGAAACUUUCAAAGCGACGUUGAACGUGAACGCGAACGCGCUGCUAUACUAUCUCAUCAGCAACAAUCGUCGUCGUCGUCGGACCCGAACUCGAACUCGAACUCGAACAUAAACAUGAACACGAACACGAACUCGGGAUUUGGAAGUGGUACAUUGCAGCGCGAAUCCAGGUUCAACGAGGAGUCCUUGGCUUACCCUUACCCUUACCCUGUCACAGUGCGACUUGAAAAUGACAGUAUGAGCGCGAAUACCUACUCUGGUAGAGACGCGUCCGGGUCCGGGAAGGGACUCGGAGUAUAUUCGGAUCGCGAUGCGCGUAUUCGUAUGCCUUCGAUUUCUUCACAGGUAAACACGUCGAUGUCGAUGUCGAUGUAUACCACGGACCCUCCGUCGACUUUGACUCCAACCUCGCCCUCGCCUUCGCCCUCUGAACCGCAACAUGAAAAUCCACAGCGGGCCCAGCUGCAGCACGAGCUUCCGCGAAGGAGUUGCAGUUACACCGCGCAAAGCCAGCGCUAUGAUCCGAUUUUGUACGGGGGACGUGGAGGUGCAGGUCUGGACGGACGGAGGGUACACAGUCUGGGCAUGGAGAUGGGGAAAGAGAGUGGGUUGGUGGAUCCGGAUACGGUUUGA